AUGGUUCAUGGUGUAGUUUCAUUGCAAGAAGGAUAUAGCAUUAUCACAUAUGAUAUUCAGAGAAUUGAUUGGUGGGAUUUUGUUCCUUUCAUUGAGCUUAUUACCGUUACCAUUCGCGAUAUUGUUACUGUCACCGUGACCAUUAUUGUUACCAUCACCGUUACCGUUAUUGUUAAUGCAUCCGUUAUUGUUACCGUCAUAGUAACUGUUACCGAUACCGUGAUCGUUACUGUAUCCAUUACAAUAACCGUCAUCAUUAUUUGUCACUUGAUAGUUACUGUUACUGUCAUAAUCACUGUUAUCGUAACCGUUACCAUUACCGUCAUCGUCACCAUUACCUUUACUGUCCCCAUUAUCAUUUUCGUUAUUGUUACUGUUACUGUUAACAUUACCGUGACCGUCACCCUUACUAUUACUGUUAACAUUACCUUUACCGUCACCAUAACCGUUAAAGUGAUAGUUACUGUUACCGUUAUAAUAACUGUUAUCGUAACCAUUACCAUUACCGUCAUCGUCACCAUUACCUUUAUUGUCUCCGUUAUCAUUUUCGUUAUUGUUACUGUUACCGUUAACAUUACCGUGACCGUCACCCUUACUAUUACUGUUAACAUUACCUUUACCGUCACCAUAACCGUUAAAGUGAUAGUUACUGUUACCGUCAUCGUCACCAUUACCUUUACUGUCCCCGUUAUCAUUAUCGUUAUUGUUACUGUUACCGUUAGCAUUACCGUGACCGUUACCAUCACCGUCACCUUUAUUGUAACACCUAGUACUAAUGAAUUAAAUAGGCAAUAA